UAGCGCAAAAAAAACUUUCGGUGAUGGGCGAGGGAAGAGAAGGAGACUGGGAGUGCUCGGAGUGCCGUAACCGCAACUACGCGUUCAGAUCUCUCUGCAACCGAUGCAAGCAGCCUCGCCUCCUCGUCGACAAGAAGACCCCCGUCGACUCCAAGUGGCUCCCUCGCAUCGGUGACUGGAUCUGCGCCGGUUGCAGUAACAACAAUUAUGCAUCUAGAGAAGUAUGCAAAAAGUGCGGCCAAUCAAAGGAGGAAGCAGCAAUGCCAACAAUUGCAGUAUCUGGAGCAGCUUUGCCAACUUAUGCAAAUUAUUUUGCCAGGGUACAGGGCCUUCUUGGCUUAAAGAUGAACUAUGGGAUGACAAACAAUUCUGCUGCUCUGCAGUCAUUUCCACCAAAUUCCAAUUGGUCGAUUGGUGGGAUUGAUAAGUAUGCCCUUCAGUCAUGGUCCUCAGCUGGAAAUAGUAGUGGUGCAUUUUCAUACCCAUUUAACAGGAAUCAACUACCUGAGGUUCCAGAAGGCUGGCGCAAUGGGGACUGGAUAUGUGAUUGUGGGUUUCACAACUAUUCAUCACGUUCACAGUGCAAACAAUGCAAUGCACCGUUACCAUCUGGUAUGCCUUCUUCUGAAGCGAGAUCAUCAGUCUCGGGUUUGUUUCCAACUUUGGGGACCAAACGGCUGGCGUCAGAAGAGUUUGUUAAUGAAUGGGAUAAUAAAAGGUUGCAUGCUGGAGAUGUAGGAAAUCAUUUUCUGGUUUCUGAGCAACUAGGUGAAUCCAGUUAUGAUGAAGCACGUGGACUCUAUUCUAGAUACUCAAGUUGUAACAUGGCAAGACUGCCACCUAUGCAAGCAAAUAUUCAUCCUGCCCAGCUAGCACCAAUGCCUCCAAUUCUUGGAAAAGGGGCAAAACAAUGGCGAGAUGGGGACUGGAUGUGCACUAGCUGCAAUAACCAUAAUUUUGCUUCUAGAUCUUUUUGCAACAGGUGUAAAACUGAGAAGGAAUCUGCUACUUAGCCUGCGAGCAUUGGGGAGCUUUGUCGUCUCAAAGGGCAUGAUAUAUUUCUAUAGUUUCGUUGCUAAGAUUUUGGCUUCUCAAAGUAGUUUUGUGAGAGUUAGUUGUAUUCAUCAGUAAUUGUUCUCAAGGUGUAAUGGGUUCUUUUGUGCUCGAUGCCUGAAUAAAAUUUCAGUAGCAUUUCUCUAUUAUCUUAUGUUUUUUUCGGGUUAACUCUUCAUAUCUGCAGCUUAUGUCUUUUAAAAGAUGCAUUUUUGUAAGGAAAGUUAUACUACCAAAAAGAGUUACAAGUACUGAGAAGUUUUGAACA